ACACAAGCCACCAGUCCUCCUUCAGCCAUUAGAUAUAAUAGUAUUUAGUAGUUACGCCUACCAAGGCUGACCUUGCUGCUUGCCCAACCAACUAAACUUAUUUAAAUAACGAACUAUUUAAGUCUAAGUUAGUUAGUUACCAGCGAACUCAUAUUAUUAUUAUUAUUAUUUAUUAUUCCUCCAGCCUCCGCUGCCUCCACUUCACGCCGCCUGAACUGAACUCGAGAGGUCCUUGGGGUGACGCAGAGUCUCUAGAGAUCUCAAACAAUCCAUAUAUAACUUCCCCAGCUCAGGCUCAACCUACAGACUCGUCGCUGUCGUCUGUUUUCCUCCACGGGAUUGUUUUGUUUUAUUUUGUUUUCAUUUCCCUUUUUUGCAUCGCGCUCCAUCCACCACGGAUAUGGCCCCAGCGAAGGAGAAAAGUCAUUUAAAACGAGGGAGGCCCAGCGCGGGAAACCAAGCUCCUCAAGAGACCAAAAAACCCCGACGCUCGGAGCGGAUAUCGUCCCAAUCCCAGGCAGCUCACCAAAAAAAUGUGUAUCUGCCCUCUCCGCUCACCCAUCAAGAGUCCACUGCCACCGAGCUACAGAAAGAAACGACGGUGACCCCGUCAGAGGGCUAUCCCGGCCAAUUCCGUCAUUACACUCCCGCCGCUGAGCUGCCCUUCUCAUCCCCCCCAGGAGAUACUCAAGCUCUCUCCCAGUUUGUUUUUCCCCCAAGAGCCCUUGCGGAUGAAGUGGACGAUGAGGCCGCCGAAGGUGUCUGGGGCUAUCUUAUUCCUCUCGAUGACAAGUUCGGAGACCCAUUGGUCUUGAAAAAGAGAGACACUUGUUCUUCGCCCGCCGUGGGUACCACAAAUCGCAGGAAGGGAUCUUCGAGAUCUAAACGAGGAAAAGUCAAAUUAGAAAACCUUGCUUCCCAAGAUCAUACCGGAGGCUAUCUCAUCGGGCGCCAUUCAGAAUGCGAUUUUGUCCUUGAUAUACCGACUAUAUCCAAUCGACAUUGUUUAAUAUAUAACGAAAACAAACGAGGUGAUUCCGUUGCUAUUCUGGAAGACUUGUCUAGCAACGGGACAUUUAUAAACGAGGCAAUUAUCGGGCGCAAUAAGCGCCGCGAACUAGAAGACGGAGACGAAAUAACUGUGCUGGAUGAAGCUCGUUUUGUCUUUCGCUAUCCUAAAAUAAGAGACACUAACAAAUUCCGACAGCAAUAUCGCAUCCUGCAGCAGCUAGGAAAAGGCCAUUUUGCCUCUGUAUAUCUGUGCGUGGAGAGGUCGACCGGUGACAAAUAUGCAGUGAAGCGAUUCGAGAGGCGCCCGGGAGACUCACAGCGAGCCGACAAUGAUGGCUUAAAACAAGAAAUUGCCGUGCUAAUGAGCGUUAAUCACCCCAACGUGCUCUGUCUGAAGGACACCUUCGAUGAGAGUGAUGGUGUCUACUUGGUCCUUGAACUUGCCCCCGAGGGCGAGUUGUUCAAUUGGAUUGUUGCGAAUCAAAAGCUUACGGAAAGUGAAGCUCGACAUGUUUUCACUCAACUGUUUAAGGGACUUAAGUAUCUUCAUGAACGGAAUAUUGUCCACCGGGACAUCAAGCCCGAGAAUAUCCUUUUGGUGGAUGACCGCCUUACCGUGAAACUCGCCGAUUUUGGUCUUGCUAAAAUAAUAGGGGAGGACUCGUUCACGACAACUUUAUGCGGAACACCCAGCUACGUAGCUCCUGAAAUUCUCGAAGAAAACCCCCGGCAUCGCAAAUACAGCCGAGCAGUGGACAUCUGGUCUCUCGGAGUGGUCCUAUACAUCUGCCUGUGCGGCUUCCCGCCAUUCUCCGACGAACUCUACACGCGCGAAAAUCCCUACACACUAGCUGACCAAAUCAAACUGGGCCGCUUCGACUAUCCAGCUCCCUACUGGGACUCCGUCGGGGACCCCGCGCUCGAUCUCAUCGACAGAAUGCUGACCGUCGACUUCGACAAGCGCAUCACUAUUGACGAAUGCCUGGAGCAUCCCUGGCUGACGGGGCGGGGCAAGUACCCCAGCAUCAAUGACAGCACAGACGGCUUAACUGGCGCGAUGGGCCUGCUUGAUUUCUCGAAACGUAAGAUGGCGCGUGAACGCACUCUGAUAAGUAGCAUCAAUGAUCUGCCAUCUAGCCAGGUUAUCGCAGAUCCAGCAACUGGUGGGCAUGGACAUAGGCAGGUGAGAGUGUUCGACAGGAACGAAGCUAGCAGACGAAUGCACAACCAUGCGCCGAGGGGGGGUGGGGGUGGUGGUGGGGAGCGAGUACGGCAGGAACCCGCACCUGCGGCAAAUCGGGAUCCGGCUAACUUCAUGAAUUUGGGUGGUCGCGGGGAUCCGAUUUUAUACAGCGAUGAUCAGGAUGAGAGGUAUACACGGGGAAGACGAAGGUGAAGGGAACACUCUUUCUCUUUGUCUUUUCUCCUGUUUUUCCAUCUUUUGCAUUUCCUUAUUAUUUCCUUAUUUCCUUUACCCCUACCGCCCCCCCCCCCCC